AGUAAGAUAUGCAGAUGCGUUCCGCCCCAAGCUAUUUUUCCAAGAAAAUUGGCUUUCCUCAACGCUAUCGUAUAGAUCCAGUGAAUAGCAUCUACAGCAAAAACUUCUGUAGACCAAAAUCAACAGCAGAAGCCAAAGUACUUGCGGCCAAGAAACACAGUGAGUCAGAGAGAAGACGAAGGAUGCGAAUCAAUAGUCAAUAUGCAGCCCUUCGUAAAAUCCUCCCAAACUUGAUCAAAAUGGACAAGGCUUCUUUGCUCGCAGAGACCGUCCGACAAGUAAGGGAGCUUAAGAAGGUGGUAGCAGAUACUGAAGCAGCAUGUCGUGGCAGUGGCAGUGAGUGUGUUAUUCCCAGCGGCUUUAACAAGUUGAGUUUGCAGAAGUGUGAAGGCAAGCAAGAAGGGCUUGUGAAAGCAACAUUUAGCUGCGAGGAUAGGCCAGGGCUAAUAUUGGACAUGAUUAGGGAGCUGAGGUCAGGGAAAGGGAGGGUGGUGAGGGCGGAGAUGGUGACAGUAGGUGGGAGGACUAAGAGUGUGUUGUGGGUGAAAGGGUUGGGUGCUGGAAGUGAAGGGAUAGUGUGCCUUAAGAAGGCAUUAAAUAAGGUGAUUGUUGACAGGCCAAGCAUUAAUACAUCUCCCUAA